UCUUUUUGCAGUGUGCUUCUAAUGUCGGCCAUCGCGCCAUUAAAUUUGGAUGCUUGACAUUUCGAUACGUCAUAAGUUGUUUGUUAUCGGUUCCUGCCGCCGUUUGUGUACAUUUUGCUUGUUGUUAAUUUCUUCACUCAUACUCUUCAAAAAUGAGUGUCGAAUUAGGGAAUGGGUUUAGGGUCGCUACCCCGGAGAAUAUUCCACUGAUCACCAGUGAAAUGGUUUUCACAUUCAUCACAAAAUUGGCUCAAGCAAACGCGUCCGCUGCAUCCCUGGCGGAUGUUGGCGAUUUCGUGGUAGAAAGUGUCCAAAUCCGUCGUCGAGGCAUUUGCAUUAUAAAAGGCACAAUCGGGGCGCCUGGUGCUGAGGAAAAAGCCAAGAACAACACGGCGCUUCACAUAAACGAAAAGAAACCGGAAGUUGUCUCGGCACUUUGUGAGGAAUGCCCGGCGAGUGAUAGUGGCAGCUGCCCACACGGAAUCGCCUUCCUCUUCUGGAUGCACCGGAAGAGCGUCGACUGCAAAACCCCAAAAGAAAAUGAUGUGUGGUCUCCGGAGGCAGAAGUGGACAUCGGUGUCGCCCAAAUCAAAGACCUUUACUAUCCGGAAACGGCCGAAUACAUCGACGAAUCCGACAUUGUAACUGAGGAGAAGGGGGAAGAGUUCCUAAACGAACUCCUCGAUCAGAUGGAGAAGAAUCUGAUGGUCGACAGCGAUUUCUACCGCCACUGCAAAACAGUUAUUGAGGAGUUCGAGCCAAUCUACAUCCACCACACGAUGCUCGACGUGGCCCGCUACAAAGUCACGAACUACAAGAGCUUCCUCUUCCACAUGGAAGGUAUCAGCAAAUCGGGUCUAUUCGAACGUUUGCAGCGGGAAACGGUGGACAGCUACAAAUCCCGGAUGUGGAUGGAAGCUCAGUAUUGUCGCAUUCGCUGCUCCCUUGUCUACCAAAUCAUCACUCGCAAAGACCAAAGCGAGGACGAGGAGAUUCUCAACAUGAUUUUCGGACAAGGACGUGAUGCUCGCAUCGAGGAUCGUCAGAUACUGAAGGCGAACAAGCGGCAAAUGCUGAAGCAGACAGUGAAGUUGCACAAUAAACCGUACGAGGAAUGCGGUCUACUCCUGAGCUCCUUAUAUCCGUACUUAUGUGCCUCCCCCGACGCCAUCAGCGAUGACUUCAUUAUCGAGAUCAAAUCGCCCAAGACAGAUGAAGAGUUCGAGGCGUACCUGGAAGGGUCUGGCACGAUUUCGCCCAAGUACAUGGCCCAGAUUCAAAUGCAAAUGUACAUUGCCAAUGUCCAGAAAGCCUUGUACUGCGUGUUGAGUCCCUCGUUCGAGACGACCGGCGCGUUGCAUUUUGUAUGGAUUGCGGCCGAUCCACAGCAGGCCUACUCGCUUGUGAGCGUUGUCGAGGAUUACUGGAAGAAUGUCGUGUUCCCAAGAAUUUUGAAUAUUUAUGGUGAGGAAUAAAAUGGAUUUAGCUUUUGUAGAGGAAAUUA